AGUAGAGUUAUCUGGUUAAAAAUGGCGACUAAGGGGAGUACAUCGGACGCAUCGGAUGAACUGUUUGACUAUUUAUGUUCUCCGUGUAACAAACAAGACAAGAAUAGUGAGGCAGUGAAGUAUUGUUUGGACUGUCAGGAGUACCUGUGUGUAACUUGUGUUAAAAGUCACAAUAGUUUUUCUGUCCUAGCUGGGCAUACAUUGGUUGAAAGGUCAAAGUUUGGAAAUGCAAGUAGAAUAGACAGCAAGGAAUUGCCGUCGGUGCCGACAGAGCGGUGCAAAGUUCACUCAUUGAAGCUCGUGGACAUGUACUGUGCUGAUCAUGACUCGGUUGGAUGUCAUGUCUGCUUUACGAUCAAUCAUAAGCCAUGUCAAGAUAUCCACUACAUUCCCGAGUAUGUUGAAAAGAUUAAACAGGCUGAAAGUAUCAGAAAGAUGAAUGAUGAGAUGGACAAAGCAAUUUCUGAAAUGGAUAACUUGAUGAAAAAGAAACAGAAAGAUAUCGAAGAUAAUGAGAAAACAAAGGCUGUCUUGUUAAAAGAAAUCAAAACAUUUAGGAAGGAAGUUAACGAAGCUUUAGAUCGGCUGGAACAAGCUUCUAUCGCUGAAGUAGAAGGGAAAUGCGGUAAACAGGAUCAAGAAUUUCGAGAAGAAGUGAAGAAUAUACAGGAUACUCUCGAUAAACUUACUACAUGUAAAGCCGAAAUGGAAUCAUCACAGAGGAAUCCUUCGCAACAGUUUGUUAAUAUGAAGAAAUCCGAGAAUAUAAUAUCAGAUAUUAAAAAGGCCGGAUCACGAACUGCAGAUAAAGUGAAAGAUAGUCUAUUGUUUGAAAGAAAUUCAGAGAUACUGCAUUUCCUUCAAAAUCAUGAGUCACUUGCAAAGAAGCCACUUCUAAUGAAGCAUGGGCUUUACGAAGCUCAAAGCAAGCAAAGCUACAAUGUAAAGUUGAAUGACGACGUCAGUACCUGUUGUAUUUGGUCUUCUUGUAUACUUGACUAUGGUGAUAUUUUGUUAGCAGACUAUACCAACAAGAAAAUAAAACUUGUUACCCGUGAAACAUAUAAAGUACGAAAUUCAAUGAAGGUGUCUGCCAAUCCUAGAUCUGUUUGCAAGAUAAGUAGUGUGGAAGCUGUGGUAAGUCUUUCAAACAAAACAGUGCAGUUUGUGUCUACCAAGAAUGAGCUUGCUCCUACACGCUCCCUGAAGUUUGAUCAUGAUUGUCGAGGUAUUGCUGUCAUGGAUGGUCAACUUGUGAUUUGUGAAGAAGGUAACAAAGCUUAUAUCUAUACAAUGAAUGGAAGUCGUCUAAAUAUCAUCCAGAAGGACACAAAUGGAAAUGAUAUAUUUAGUCAUAUCCGUGAGGUUUGCGUAAGUGACAACGGUAGGACAAUUCACGUCGUUGAUAGUGAUAGAGGUCCGGUAACUAUAGACAGAGACUGUAAUGUUGUCCGGAGAUUUUGUGGUCAAGAACUGAACAGCGCCUGGGGAGUAUGUACAGAUGGAACCUGCAACGUGUUUGUGAGUGGUAAGUCUUCGAAAAAUGUUGUACAACUAGGACCUGGUGGAAAGUUACUUGGAGAAGUUGUCACUAAAGCGCAUGGUUUAGAAAGUCCACAGGCUGUGUGCUUUGAUGCGGAAAGAUGCAAGCUGUUUAUAUCAGAUGGAAACGAGUGCAAGUGUUUCACGUUCAAUAGACAAUAUUCUGAUUUAUGUGAACAAGAACUAACAUUAUACAUACAAACAUUUCGAUUUACUAAAAUAUAAUAAUUUAUGUACAUAAGUUCUAUGUUUUAAUUCUAAUCUAUUGCUGAAGGUUGGUCUUUAUUCAAAGAACUGAUUCCAUUGAUUUUAUGAGUCCAUUUUUGAAAACUUUAGGAAAUAAAAUUUUCUGACUGAAUCUAUGUACUGUAUAUAAGUAAGGAAAACGUGAAAAUUGGAUAUGAUAUUUGGUAUAACAUUAUAGAUAUUUGUAAGUGUUCAUCCUCUUGAUCUGCUUGCAAUCUUCAAUGGAAUAUAACUCAGAUGUAUUUGCAAUAAAGAAAGCUUCACAAAAAGUCAAAUUCUAUGCAUAUGCUAACAAAUAUACUUAUGAUAAUGAUUAUACUUCGUGUUCUAGAUUUUCAGGCAAAAAUGUUAAUAUAUCUGUAAUGUGUUUACAUUGAAAGGUUAUGUAUCUUGCCCAUAAAACUGUAAUAAAUUGUAACAUUUAUACCCUCUCAAUCUCAAGAAUAUGGUUAUAUUGUUUUGCUUUUGCUGAUCUGUGCGGUUUGGUUUAUGAUUAGUAUCGGGAAAAUAUUUGAGCCUUCAAUGGAUAAUUGCUUGAGGUCAGUAGAUAACCUCAUCUGUUGGUCGAAUGUCACGGCAGCAAUAAAUAGCUGGAGAUCGUUUCAUUCUACGUCCGUCAAACUUGAUGUCAGGAUUGUUCUAUUAUUUUGUUUAGGUCAAGAUCACAGUGAUAUCAUUAAAAAAAUUCUCUUGUCACUGACUGUAAAACUAUAGGAUGUUUGUCAGUGGUCAGUAGAUGAUCCCUAUGAUUUGUUAGGUCAGUAUGUCAAGGUUGUAAUGACAAAGUCCAAUGAAUAAUAUAAAAGGUAUUGGCUUAGGAGAGUAAAACACCGUAGGCAGACCACAAUUGUUCGAAGGGUUAAUAACUCAAGAACUGUUAUGCCUUUGUCCAUUAAACAGCUUUUUGUGGAUCCGUAGUUAAAAGGUCAAGAUCACAAUGAACGAAUUUACUGAUGAACUUCAAAGGGUGAUUACCUAAGACGUCAGUGGGUAAUCGUCAAGGUGGUAUAAAUGACAUUGAAACUUUAAACGGAUCUUACAGCAGCCAUUUCCUGUGAUGACUGUCUAUGGGCAGUAAAUCACCGUAAUAUGUUGUGAUCAGAGCGUCAAAGGUCAAUGCCUCAGUUGCAAAGUUGCAGUGAGAAUGAAAAGACCUUCUGAUCAAUAAUUAAAGAACGUCUGAAUCUUCAUAGGAUAACUGACUAUAUUCCAAAUAUGGUUCAUAGUAGCUGUCCAAACUGGCAGAAUGAAUAUUAAAGGUUUAGAGUUGUUAGCAUGCCUCAGAUGACGUACCUAUAGGAACUUUGGAAAUUCAAUUAAAAGUUCAAUUUAAUAAAA